UCCCCUUUGGCUUUUCCACAGCUAUGAAACCCACGUAGUCGGACACCCUGAUGCUUCUCCUGCAGGGCGUGUGAUGAGGAGGUGAGCUUGGCUUUGGAGUGCUGGGAACCUGAGGAAUUGCCAAGGACCCAGAGCCCAGCCCUGACCACCCAGAGAGCCCAAAACACAAUGAACAAAUUGAAUUUCCACAACAACAGAGUCAUGCAAGACCACCGCAGCGUGUGCAUUUUCCUUCCCAAUGAUGAAUCUCUGAACAUCAUCAUAAAUGUUUGGUAUUUUCCUGGGGUGAUGGUGACUUUGGAAAAUUGGGCCGGGGUGGAAGUGAAGGCUGCAACAUUCCCCAGAACAUUGAGAGACGAAAUGGACAGAGGGUAUGCCAGAUUGAGUGUGGAGCUCAGUUCCUACUGGCGCUCACCAAGUCUGGAGUGGUGUGGACAUGGUGUAUGCUUGGGGUGACAAUGACCGUGGCCAGCAGGGCAAUGGCAUGACCACGGUUAACAGGAAGCCCACGCUCGUGCAAGGCUUAGAAGACCAGAAGAUCAUGUGUGUGGCUUGUGGGUCAUCCCACAGUGUGGUGUGGACAACUGUGGAUGUGGCCACGCCCUUUGUCCAUGAGCCCGUCCUCUUCCAGACUGCAAGAGACCCUUUAGGUGCUUCCUAUUUAGGAGGGGACAUUUAGGCUCCAGCAGCAUCUGCUUUUAUGAAAAACUGGAAUGUGACUUUCUGGCUGUGUUAGUUACUGGCUGUAAGAACUGGGGCGUGCCUUCAGAUGUCAAUUCUUCUGCUGCCAGUAAUAAAAUAAGUGGUGCAAGUAAUUCUAAGCCAUAUCGCCCUUCUCUUGCUAAGAUUCUCUUGUCAUUGGAUGGAAACCUGGCCAAACAGCAGGCCUUAUCGCAUAUUCUCACAGCAUUGCAAAUCAUGUAUGCCAGAGAUGCCGUAGUGGGGGCCCUGAUGCCGGCCGCCAUGAUCGCCCCGGUGGAGUGCCCCUCUGCGGCUGCUUCGGACGCAUCUGCGGUGGCUAGUCCCCUGAAUGGAGAAGAAUGCAUGCUGGCUGUUGAUAUCGAAGACAGACUGAGUCCAAAUCCGUGGCAAGAAAAGAGAGAGAUUGUUUCCUCUGAGGACGUGGUGACCCCCUCUGCAGUGACUCCAUCGGCCCUCUCAGCCUCCGCUGGGCCAUUUAUCACAGUGACGGAUGACCCGGGAGCUGCAAGCAUCUUUGCAGAAACCAUGACCAAAACUGAAGAGGUGGCAGAUAUGCUGUUGGAGCUCUGUGUCACCUAGUUGGAGGAUGUGGCCACAAGACUUGCAGAGCAGCCACCUCUCUUCUCAGCCUGUGGUGGUGGAGAGUAGCCACCCUUACACCGAUGACACCUCCACCAGUGGCACAGUGAAGAUACCAGGUGCAGAAGGACUCAGGGUGGAAUUUGACCGGCAGUGCUCCUCAGAGUGGCGCCACGACCCUCUCACAAUCAUGGACGGCGUCAACAGGAUCGUCUCCGUGUGGUCAGUCAGGUAAAAGUUCCAGAAAUGUGAAGUACAAAGAUUUUUUUUGAUCCAGAUGAAAGUGAUGAAGACAUAGCAAGAGAUCAUGAUGAUGAUCUGGGUUCAAACAAGUGGAUGAAAUUGCUAAAGAAGCAGCAGAAGAACUAAGCAUUUCUGAAAUGAGUCAGCUUAAGUAGAGCUCCGCGUGUUGGUUGCAGAAGUCGCCUGUCUUCCCCGCAGGAGGCUGUUUGCUCGCUUUGACACUGAAUGCUCCCCCAACAAACAUGUUUAGCUUGCUUGCCCUUCUCAUCGACUGGGGAGAGGAGUCUCAGAGUGCACCGUCGCAGAGAAGGCGUGCGGGGGCGUGCAGGGGCGCACAGGCGCCUGCUUCUGCGGGUGGGAAAGGAAGGAGGUGCCCGGGUUUCCGCUCCAGGGCUCAGCCUGCCUUGGCCACCUACGGUAUGGGAGCCUUUAACGUGGAAAGGAAAGGAGAUCGAUCACUCGAGCCUCCACUUGCCAAGCCUGUGGAAGCGAGACGCGGGGAUCGGCUGGGAAUGCCUGGAAGCGCCGGCGCUGGGAAGCCAGGAAGAAGAAAUUGUCGAGACGAAUAACAUGAGGUCAUAUAGAAUCCCACUUUUGGUGAUUUCAAGUCAAGAAAGUAAAAGUAAACCAUUGCUAUCUUUCACCUUAAAUAUCCUGUGUUUUAUUGCUCAGAACGUCCAGUUUUUCUAAUACUCAUGAUGUCAGAAGGGAAACCUCCUGACAAAAAAAGGCCUCGUAGAAGCUUAUCAAUCAGCAAGAAUAAGAAAAAAGCAUCUAAUUCUAUUAUUUCGUGUUUUAACAAUGCACCACCUGCUAAACUUGCCUGCCCCGUUUGCAGUAAAAUGGUGCCUAGAUAUGACUUAAACCGGCACCUUGAUGAAAUGUGUGCUAACAAUGACUUCGUUCAAGUGGAUCCAGGGCAGGUUGGCUUAAUAAAUUCAAAUGUGUCUACGGUAGAUUUAACCAGUGUUACCUUAGAAGAUGUAACACCAAAGAAGUCACCACCACCAAAGACAAAUUUAACCCCUGGCCAAAGUGAUUCAGCAAAAAGGGAAGUAAAGCAGAAGACCAGUCCCUACUUUAAAAGUAAUGAUGUGGUGUGCAAAAAUCAAGAUGAGCUGAGAAAUCGUAGUGUGAAAGUCAUUUGUUUGGGAAGCCUAGCAUCUAAAUUGUCCAGAAAAUACGUAAAGGCUAAAAAAUCAAUAGAUAAGGAUGAAGAAUUUGCUGGUUCUAGUCCACAGAGUUCCAAAUCCACAGUUGUUAAGAGCCUGAUUGAUAACUCUUCAGAAAUUGAGGACGAGGAUCAAAUUUUGGAGAACAGUUCUCAAAAAGAAAACGUGUUUAAAUGUGAUUCUCUAAAGGAAGAGUGCAUUCCUGAACAUAUGAUAAGAGGAAGUAAAAUAAUGGAAGCCGAAAGCCAAAAGGCUACCCAGGAAUGUGAGAAAUCAGCCCUCACCCCUGGAUUCUCAGAUAAUGCGAUCAUGUUAUUCUCACCAGAUUUCACUCUUAGGAAUACAUUAAAGUCUACUUCAGAAGACAGUCUUGUAAAGCAAGAGUGUAUCAAAGAAGUGGCUGAAAAACGUGAGGCAUGUCAUUGUGAAGAAGUAAAAAUGACUGUUGCUUCAGAAGCUAAAAUACAGCUGUCAGAUUCAGAGGCAAAAUCUCAUAGUUCUGCAGAUGAUGCUUCUGCAUGGAGUAACAUCCAAGAGGCUCCUCUGCAGGAUGACAGUUGCUUAAACAAUGAUAUCCCUCACAGCAUUCCUUUGGAGCAGGGGUCAAGCUGCAAUGGUCCUGGUCAAACAACCGGUCAUCCUUACUACCUUCGGAGUUUCCUUGUGGUGCUGAAAACCGUACUUGAGAAUGAAGAUGAUAUGUUGCUCUUUGAUGAGCAGGAGAAGGGAAUUGUAACUAAAUUUUAUCAGUUAUCAGCUACUGGUCAGAAGUUAUAUGUAAGGCUCUUUCAACGUAAAUUAAGCUGGAUUAAGAUGACCAAAUUAGAGUAUGAAGAGAUUGCCUCAGACUUAACACCUGUGAUUGAAGAAUUGACGAAUGCAGGCUUUCUACAGACAGAAUCUGAGUUGCAAGAACUCUCUGAAGUGCUUGAACUCCUUUCUGCUCCUGAACUAAAAUCCCUAGCCAAGACCUUCCACUUGGUGAAUCCCAAUGGACAGAAACAGCAGCUGGUGGACGCCUUUCUCAAAUUGGCCAAACAGCGUUCAGUCUGCACUUGGGGCAAGAAUAAGCCUGGAAUUGGUGCAGUGAUUUUAAAAAGAGCCAAAGCCUUGGCUGGACAGUCAGUACGAAUCUGUAAAGGCCCCAGGGCUGUGUUUUCCCGCAUCUUGCUACUGUUUUCGUUGACCGACUCAAUGGAAGAUGAAGACGCCGCUUGUGGAGGUCAGGGACAGCUUUCAACAGUCCUGUUGGUCAACCUCGGCCGAAUGGAGUUUCCUAGUUACACCAUCAAUCGGAAAACCCACAUCUUCCAAGACAGAGAUGAUCUUAUCAGAUAUGCAGCAGCCACACACAUGCUGAGUGACAUUUCUUCCGCAAUGGCCAAUGGGAACUGGGAAGAAGCUAAGGAGCUCGCUCAGUGUGCCAAAAGGGAUUGGAACAGACUGAAAAACCACCCUUCUCUGAGAUGCCACGAAGAUUUACCACUCUUCCUGCGGUGUUUCACUGUUGGGUGGAUUUAUACAAGGAUUUUGUCUCGGUUUGUGGAAAUACUGCAGAGACUUCACAUGUAUGAGGAAGCCGUCAGAGAACUUGAAAGCCUUUUGUCUCAGAGAAUUUAUUGUCCUGACAGCAGAGGCCGAUGGUGGGAUCGACUGGCCCUUAAUUUACACCAGCACUUGAAGCGCCUGGAACCGACUAUCAAGUGCAUCACAGAGGGGCUGGCGGAUCCGGAAGUCAGAACGGGACACCGCCUUUCACUGUAUCAGCGAGCCGUGCGCCUGCGAGAGUCUCCGAGCUGUAAAAAGUUCAAGCACCUCUUCCAGCAGCUCCCAGAAAUGGCUGUGCAAGAUGUGAAACACGUGACCAUCACAGGCAGGCUGUGCCCACAGCAUGGGAUGUGCAAGUCUGUGUUUGUGAUGGAGGCCGGGGAGGCCACUGACCCCACCACGGUCCUGUGCUCUGUGGAGGAGCUGGCACUGGCCCAUUACAGACGCAGCGGUUUUGACCAGGGGAUUCAUGGCGAAGGGUCCACCUUCAGCACCCUGUAUGGCCUCCUCCUGUGGGACAUCAUCUUCAUGGACGGGAUUCCGGAUGUCUUCAGAAACGCCUGUCAGGCAUUCCCCCUGGACUUGUGCACAGACAGCUUCUUCACAAGCAGACGCCCGGCCCUCGAGGCCAGGCUGCAGCUGAUUCAUGAUGCCCCCGAGGAGAGCCUGCGGGCCUGGGUGGCAGCCACCUGGCAGGAGCAGGAAGGCAGAGUGGCUUCCCUUGUCAGCUGGGAUCGCUUCACAUCUCUUCAGCAAGCUCAGGAUCUUGUCUCCUGCCUGGGGGGCCCUGUGCUCAGUGGUGUGUGCAGGCACCUGGCUGCUGACUUUCGACACUGUCGAGGGGGCCUCCCCGACCUGGUGGUGUGGAACUCCCAGAGCCGUCGCUUUAAGCUGGUGGAAGUUAAAGGCCCCAAUGAUCGUCUUUCACAUAAGCAGAUGAUCUGGCUGGCUGAACUGCAGAAGCUGGGGGCUGAAGUAGAAGUCUGCCAUGUGGUUGCAGUUGGAGCUAAGAGCCAAAGCCUUAGCUAAAAGCUAUGGAAUUGGGGAUAUCUGGUCAUACAUUAAUAGGGCAAGCAGAAACAUCCCAUGGAUGACACAGAAGAAGUAUGGGUGGGAGAAGAUGCCUUCACCUCUUCUAUCAAUCAAUCACCAUGUUCCAGUAGAUGAUUUCAUACUGACAACAACAAACAGUCGCUGUGGAAUUUUAUUAAGCCAUCAAAAUUUCCUUUACACUCAAUACUGUUGAACAACAAGAUGAUAACACAUCUUCUUGCUCAUCCCACCUGAACUCAAGUCAUCAAUUUUAGGCACAAAGGUUUUAGUUUUCUCGGGAAAUCAAGUUUUAACCACUUGAGGUUACUACUGCAGCAAGCAGAUUUUGUUGACAGAUGUGAACAGCUUUCACCCUCUGUUAGUACAAAUUAAUAUCCUUUCCUUAAAUAAAGUUAGUUAGCUAUUUUUGGUUUCAAAAUCAGUUUCCAUCAUAAAAUAACAGCAAGACACUGUACACCUUUACGUUCAAUACUAGAAAUUUCACCCAGCGCAUCAGCAUCUGUGCAGCGUUCCCUCAGCACAGGCUCUGCUGGCGGGCAGCAGGGGUGCUGAGCUCUCUCUAGUGCGCCCUGUGCAGCCACACCACUGCUGUCACCACACGUCCCUCUGACGGAAGAGGUGGUAUAACCAGCUUUACCCUGGCCCGACUGAAGGCUGUCAUAGUUGUUUUUCAUAUUAUGCACAAUAAACUGUGGCACAAUAAUCAUGAUAUAACAACUGUCCAGCAAAAAUAAAACUAUUUUACAUUUGAUUAUCAUACAAAAAUAUGCAUUUUUCUAUAUUUAACCAUUAUUAAUAGUACCUAAUAUUUUUAAACUUGUAAAUUAACAACAAUAAAAUACUACAAGAGUUAAACGUGAGGGAAGAAAAUUACAGAGGGAAAAAUGCUCAAUCCAAAACAUUUAGUAAUAAUAAAAAAGCAGCUAAAUGAAAAAGGGAGAAUUGUGAUUACACUGUCAAUGGUAGGAUACGCUGUGGUGUUAUAAGGAGAUUGGGUCUGGUUUCUAAUCAAGGACUGUAAAAUGUUUAAUAAUUCUAUUUGUAUAAACUGAAACUAGCCCUUAUUUUCUAGGCAACAAGUUGGCAAAAACCUUGGGUUUACCCAUAAAGUGAAUUUCUUAAGAUAUUUUUAAAGAACUCCUGUCCUGUUAUAUCCAGAGACAUUAUCAAAUUUUAAAAGGCAAAUAAUUCAAAAAGAAACAAACAGCUAUUCAGUACAUAUAAAGGUAAAAUACAGUUAUCUUGAAAACACUUGUUUUAGAAAAGGAAAUAAGCUAACUAGACACUUUACUAUAAAAAUUUUCCGUAUCUUAGGAUGGCAGUUUAAGAUAAACAGUCAAAUUUGAAAGUAUCCAUGUUUUAAGCGGGGAAUGAGGAGUGUGGGAGAGGUGGUGCCCCGUUUCACUGCUGUAAGAAGCUUCAGCUUUGACCUCUACAGUGGUAGGUAGGCUCUUGUCACACAGUCUGGAAAUACUUUAAGAGAGAUUCAGAUCAAGCAAACAACUGUGUCUGCUCAUUCUCCUCAACUUUGCUGUCCAAAGUUGGGGGCUGGGGGGAGCACUUCUCCCGCUAUUCAAAUGGCAGUGUUUUGAGAGAAUCCAUUUUUUAUUUCUCCUCUAUUCCUAAGCAUUAGGAACUAUGAGAGAAGAAGGACAUCUGUGCAGGUGCCCAACUCGUAACCUCAUUAGUUAUUUCCAGGGGGAAGUGCCAGCAAUAGUUUACCACACUGGAAAUACUGACGGCCAAGCCCAGCACGCCUCCCAGCAAGCCUUGUUUUUGAGGGCGGGUUUUGGCAUAGAUGGCACUCUCCUGUCUACAGCAUGCACCUCUGUGGAAUCAGCACCCCACAGGCCACUCCCCAGUGGCUUUCAGAGGAACAAGACUUUGGGGACUCCUGGCUAUGAAGCUUAGUAUGAAAAGCCUAUUUCAAAUAUGCAAUGGGAUUUUCCCACCCCAAUUUUAAAAAGUGAAAUUAUAUUUUCUUCUGUAAUAGCUGUAUCUUAAAGUCCAAGGCACUUCUAAGUUUAAUUAUCUGCAGCAAAUGCUUUAAAAUUAACAGUGCAUAUCAUUUUAAAGUUAACCCUAUGAAGUUAAAAGCAAACUCAUGAUUUCAAAACACAGUGAUCUAAGGUUGCAAAGAAGGUGAUCUAAAAUCAUAAAUUCUGGCCCCAGAACACUGAACCUUCAUCAGGUGAGUUCAAUUAGAGAUGACAGAAAGUAACCAGAAAAAUACAUGAAUACUUCCUAAAAUCUGCUGGAGGUUUUAUCAGAUGUUCCUAAAAAUGACACGAAACACAAAUUUCCUAACUUUCCUGUUGUCUGCUGCCUGGGGCUGCUAAUGUGACUAUCAGAUAGCCUUCAGGAGGUGGUAGGAAAAAUGGAUGGAGACAAAAAUGUAGCAGACAACAUGAACAGUUUGAUCACGGUUACAAGAGCCAGACCUGUAAUGACAGAAAGGACAGGAACAAAAUUUACAUCUCUCUUAAAAUAAGUGUGAAAGAAGCAUGAUUCAACAUGUUUUUAAAUAUUAGUGCAAAUUCCAACUAUUCUUACAUAUAAAGUUAUUAGAGAUUCAAACGCCUCGGUUAGCAAUUUUAAUUCAGAGGAAAAAAGUUGACAGCUUCCCUCAAAAUGUUCAGAAAACACCCUAUUUUAGUCUUCAUUUGCUAAUGUCUCAGUAGACAACCAUAUUUUGGCCCCACUUAAAAAUUUGCUUAAUGGUGUUCCUAAAAUGCUUCGUCUGCAUAGAUUCCCUACAGGAGAAAAUGGAAAUGAGGAGGAGAGAAACUCCGGUGUCCCCGAGGUGUCGGUGUGGUGAGGGCCGCUGGCGUUGAAGUACAUCCUGCUCUGGCCCAGCUCCCCAUAGCAGGCCUCCAGGGGGCCACUGCGCUGUUGCCGCAGCAUCCUGCUCAGCACGUCGACUUCAUCAGCCAGGAGGGAGAGCUUGUGAAAGGCCGUGAUGGAGCCACCCAGGCUGAUCUGGGCCUCAGGAACCCAGCGGAAGUAGCAUAGUUUCCACAGUUUUAUGUGUGUUCCAGAGACACGUGGCAGAAUAACACCGUGCAGGUUGGCGGGUUUGGAAAACCAUUCUCUAAAAUACUGCUCCGUAUCACUGUUCUGGCUGUCGGUUUGCUGAGCUGGAUCUGGCUUUGGUUUUAAUAUCAAUGAAUUUCUCCUUGGAAGUAAUUCUUGGUCACUGAUGAUUCCAUUCUUUAAGGCAGACGGCAUUCCUCUUAGUGUGGAGCUGUAGCUUUUCUAUACAGAAGAGAUUUUAUUAUGUUCCAGGGAUUCCCUUUUUAGAAAGAUUGAAGGAUGCCAUGGCAAAUAUAAACUCAAUACUAUGAAAAAUUAAUGGAAUUUCAGCCUCAAAGAACAUUUUCCUCCCUUCCUUUGUGUCCUUAUUCUAAUCCUCCUCCCCUGGAAUUACACUUUUUUAUGUGUUGACUCUACCUAGGCUGUUACUAUCAGCCUGAAUGGGGGCGGGAUGAGAGUACCUCCUAUCCACUAAUUUGCUUAAGGAUAAGUUCUAAGACGGGCUAGAAAAAACCCUAGACCUGGCCGAUUCUAUCAAGAACAAUGGCAAACUGAAUAGAGGCAGUCAAGAGGCCAAAUGUCUGAUUCUUUGUUCUGUACCUUUCAGUACUCUGCAAAUUUUCUACCAAAAAAAAUCCCAAGAGUUUAUUUGGAAAUUAUUAAAAAGGCAAACAAUGAAUGUUAUUAGGACAAGAAUAUAGCAGUCAGGAGGCCAUGACUACAUCACAGCCAGGCGGCAUUCCCUGCCACAGUGGCUGCUUGAAUCAUCAAGAAAUGGAUAAAUGGGGCUUUAGUAAAUCGGGCUUGCAGGCUCAAAGCUGCAAUCUGCCCACUCUCAGGCACUGAGACUUUGUGGACCUCAGACACCAGGAAGAAAGUUGGGAUACAGUCAUUUGAGUUAAAAAGGGAAUGACCCCUCAGAAACCCGCAUUAGCAGUGUUACUCUUGGAAGUGCCUUUACUUUUAACGCUCUCUGUUCUGAAAAAGAGGUGUUUGGUUACGUGUGAGCCAACAGCAAGUUUUGUUAGCUGUGAUUUACCUUUGUCCGUUUAAAAGACUUCACGGAGCCAUUCUGUAUACAAGGUGUGCUCUUUCCAAUGUAGAAGGGGUUAUGGAAAAGGGUGCGAUCCUUUGCUGUAAACUGGAGAGACCAGUCCCAAACAGAGGGGAAUUUUAAGCCCUUCUCAUCACCCAAUUGGAUAUUUUUGCUUAUAGCAAAUUCCUGCAAAAUAAAUAAAUAAAUAUUUGCAAAACUAAA